AUGGACUUAAUUGAUACUCACGUAAUUGAGUUGAGUUCUAAAACAGGCAUUCCAGAUGAUUAAUUAAAAAUUUUCAUUUCCUUGCUCUUUUGCACAUUAUUUGGAUUCAUUUUUAAAUUAUCUAUCAGAGGUAAUAAAUUGAAUAGAUGAUAUAGGAAGGUAAGCUAGAUUGAUUGCAGGAUCAGUAUUUGGUGUCGUAAUCACCUACUAUAUUUAUAGAAGUUAAAUCAUCAAUGUGUUAUUUUAGACACUUGUGGUUUAUAUAUUGGUUAAGGUUUUGGGGAAGAAAAGUCCUUGGCCUGUAUUUGUAGAAUCUAUGAUUUUUGUGGCUGCUCAUCAUAUCUACAGAUAAUAUACUGACUAUGGAGGUUGGAAGAUGGAUGUCACAACUAUUUUGAUGAUGGAUACUCCGAAAUGGACUGCAUUUGCCUUCUGUGUAAGUGAUGGAUUAAAAACAUAAUUGAGUAAAGAACAGGAAAUUAGAAAGAUAGUUAAAUUGCCUUCUUUCUUUGAGUAUUUCUCCUUUAUCUUCUUCUUUGCUGGCUGUGUGUUAGGACCCUGUUUUGAUUACUAUGACUUCGAUUAAUUCAUUAAUGAAGAUAAAGAAUACAAAAGUAUUCCAUCAACAAUCAAGGAAACAUUAAGACUAUUGAAGAAUGCAGUAAUAUGCAUGGGCAUCUUUUUAUUUACUGAAAAAUACUUCCCCUUGCAUUUUGUUACCACUGAGGAAUUUGGAACAUACAAUGUUUUAUAUCAAACUCUUUGGUUUAACAUUAUGGUAGCAAUCCAAAGGACCAAAUAUUAUGGUGGGUGGCAAUUAGGAGAAAUGAGUAUGGCUUCUUGUGGUAUUACCUAUUAAGGAGAUGGAAAAUUUGAGAAAAUCAAAGCUAUUGAUGUAGAUUGGGAUUUGACAUAUAAUAUGAAGGAUAAGGUAGAGAAAUGGAACAUCUCCAUUUAAACUUGGUUAAGAAGAUAUGUCUAUACUCGAAUUUACUCAGAAGAAGAAAUGAAGAAGAGUGCAUCUAAAUAAAACUUUGCUUAUCAAAUGACAUAUGUUGUGUCAUCAUUGUGGCAUGGAUUCUAUAUUGGCUAUUACUUUUCAUUCUUCCAAUGGGCUAUUAUGAACAAUGUCAAUAAGGCUAUAUUCAGAGUGUCCUGCAAUACCAAUUAUUUGAAAAUAUUUGAAACUAACCCAUUAGCCAAGAUUGUUAGAUGGUAUGUAGCCAAUACAGUCUUCAAUGUCUUUGGAAUUACAUUUUUAUUAUUGAGUGUGGAUCCAAUUUUGAAAUUCUAUAGCAAUAUUCGAUAUGUUCCUCACAUUUUGUUAUAUGGCACAUAUGCUUUCUUCUUAAUCACUAAUUUUGGUUAGAAAAGCAAGAAAUAAAAAGAAUGA